ACAAAAUCAGGAAUUACAGUGAUUUAUAACGUUUUGAUCCGAGCUCUGGUUGUGUUUUCAUAUUUGGUUGGACGAGUCGGCACAUUUGCCCCGAUCAUAAAGCCCUCUGCCGCUACGGAUGGCAAUUCACCAUGGCCGCAUCACAAAUCUUUUACGCAGUCUUGGGUUCGUUAUGGUACGCAGCCGAGAGCCAGCACAUUUUGGUGCCUCCUGUGAGGGACUUUGUGAUCGAAUUGGACUGUUGCGAGUUUACGUUGGAGUCAAGUUCAGUAAAUACGGACCUCAGGUUAAUGCAAUUUUAUUAUAUUCGUGUGUAAUAAAGGUUAAGCAAAAUGGCGGAGCAGCUUAAAGCAGAGCAGGUGGCGUUGCUGGAGGCAGUAAAAUCAAAGCUACAAAAUUUUAAUAAAGAUGUUACUGCACGCUCUGCAACGCACCUGGAGACCAGGUUGGACUCCCUUCAAACUAUGCAUGCGGAAUAUCGUGAAAAUCGUCGUGUAUUAAUUCAAACAAUCAACAAUGAUAAAAUUAAGGCAGAUUAUAUUGUCAAAAAUAUAACGGAACUGUUUGAGGAAGUCUAUAUAGAUUUGAUGGCUGACAUCAAGACCAAAGUGCAAGAAGAAGCCCCCAAAGACAUACAACAUUUGACUUUGGUGAAAUCAAAUUACGCAACUGUAUGGAAAAUGUUAGUAAAUCUGUACGACAACAAGCGAGUCUUAUUUCAGCAUUAUAUGGAUAUGUUUGACCAUCAGGCUGUAGUUCAGCAAGGUGACAUAGGAGUUCAAACGUGUCCGACCUGUGUUAAUAAUUUGGAGAAGGUUGGCGUAGACGUCAACGGGAAAAUUAUGGAGUGCUGCUGCCAACAGCAGUAUUUACGGUGGACUCUGCUGAAGAGACACCGCUUAAUCUUCGACCUUUCCCAACCCCACGGAGUCGAUUAGAAGCAAUGGUGUGGAACUUUCCAAUAAGCUGGCCUUACAGAUAUCAUCUAACGUUAUCAACAAGUUCGAAGAAGGUCGCUUAAGGGAAAAUUAUGGAGUGCUGCUGCCAACAUCAGAAGUUUCGAUGGACUCUGCUGAAGGGUCACCGCUUAAUCUUCGAGCUUUCCUGGAUCAAGGGUCACAAGCCUCGUUCAUCACGGAAAAUUCUGUACAGUUAUUGGGUCUUCAACGAAGGAAGGUCCAUAUCAAAGUAAACGGCUUGGCAAGAGUCACUGAGACGUCGGCUGAGGUAUCCUUGGAAUUGGGGUCACGGUUUGAUUCUAAAACAAGGAAGAACGCUAUAGUCGAGUACCUCGACUAUCAGAUACCCGUUA